AUGGCAACCAGAACAGACGUUAGAAAUUGGAGGACACGCAGUGCUCAAAGGCCCGGAAAUGAACUUGGAGCAGGGCCCAGAACCAAGAAACCAAGUCAAAACAACAGGCCGAUUAAUCAAAGAGACAAACAUGAUCCCAGGACGACGCACUACCAGUCCUAUUUCGGUUACUCCCGUUUGAAGAAUUUAAGCUCAAUGACAAGCAGCAACGACGUAAUGACAGUGAUUGCGGAGAAGGAAAGCGAAUUUCAAAAACUGAUCAGCCACGAAAUGAGUCCCGAUGCUCUCGUACUCGUGCUCAACGUUUUAACAGCAAUUUGCAACGCAAACUUUGUCGAAAUCAUCGCUCGAAUCUUGAGCCAAGCUUGCUCGGACAGCUUCCUCAAGACUUUGGAGAAUUACUUGUCCAAACUACCGCUCGAAGGUCCCGCCGAACGGAAGACCAACAUGCUUUAUCACGAUGACAAAAAUAGAUUUUGGGAGAACCUCAACAACUUGUUCAAGAGAAUCAUCGAGCUGCUGCCACGUACGGCUUGCAACAAGCUACUUCCACUUUUGCAAAAAGUCAACAUGAUUUUAAGAAACAUCGAUACGAACCAGACGUACAAGAUCGAUGACAAAGUCAAGGUCGCCUUUGAAGAUCUUCUCAAAGAGUUGGAAGAGGAGAUACGAAAAAUCGAGGAGAAAAACGUGAAGGAUUCGUCAGUUUUGAGGCACGAAAUCAUUCAGCUGGAGGGACAACCACCGGAAAACUAUCGCGCGUUGAACGUCAUACCGAGGCUCGAGGAUUUAUACGACGAGCAUCCGUUUUUCAGGGCGUGCAAGGUAAAGGACGCCUACGACUCCGUGGAGCACUACUUGGACGUCCAGUUUCGCUUGUUGCGCGAGGAUUUCUUGAUGCCCCUGCGCAGCGGCUUGAAGGAAUACCUGAGCGGAAACCAGAGGUACAAAAACGGGGACUUUCGCAUUUACAGACACGUGAGAUUGUUCUCGCUGGAAUCGAGCGAAAACAACAUCGGCAACAAACUGUCGUUCGGCAAGUCCAAAACCGCGACCUGGCACAGCUCGAAGCGCUUCAUGUACGGAAGCCUCCUGCUGCUCAGUCGAGACAACUUUCGGACGGUCCUCUUCGCCACGGUCUCGGGGUGCGACAAAAAGUACAUCGCCAACGGCUACAUUUUAAUCGAACCCUGCGCCGGUUCGGCAAUCACCGCCGAUCUGUACCAGUUCGACUUUGUUGUCCUGGAGUCGAAGAUAUUCUUCGAGCCGUACUUCCAAGUGCUCACCGCCAUGCAGAACAUAAGCGCCGAAAACUUUCCGAUGGAGGCUUACCUGAUCAGAGCCGAAGUUAACGUCCAGGUCCCGGCUUACCUCCAGCAUCAGCCGGUGUUGAGAUUCAAAGAUCACCGUCUGCCCGUCGGACCCGACGAGCCAUGGCCGACCGCCAAACAAUUGGAUAUGGACGAGUCGCAGUAUAAAGCGUUCAAGAGCGCCAUAACCCAGGAAUUUGCGAUUGUACAGGGUCCCCCGGGCACGGGAAAGACCUUCCUGGCAACGCAGAUAAUCCGCGUUUUGCUGGAGAACGAGGACAAUUGGAGGAAACACGGGCCCAUUGUGGUCGUUUGCCUGACCAACCACGCCCUGGACCAGUUUCUCGAGUACAUCCUCCAGUACACGACUUCGGUGGUGCGCAUAGGAAGUAGGUCCAAGAGCGAAGUGCUGAAGAACUUUACGCUGAUGAAGAGACGCGAGGCUUUGGGCAUCAAGAUCCGCGGCGGGGCGAUGAUGUUCCACACCAAAGAGGAUAUCGAGCACACCCUGUCGGACAUAAGGAAGUACCGGUUGUUCAAGAAACACCUGACAACCCCGAACAUCAUAGUACCCUUGAAGUGUCUCUUCAACGAGUACCCUUCGAGCCAAUUCACGUCCGACAAAGAACUGGUGUACUGGCUGACCGGGAUCAACGUCAAUGACGAAGCCAACCCCAACGAGCACACGAGUCUCAAUCACCUGGAGGUUGAAGCUCCCGAAGAGGCAGACCCCGACGAAGAGGAAGACGCCAACAUGUACACCGACAACGACAUUAUCUUCGAAAACAUUGGCAUAAAGCGCUUCUUUCACUUGAACCCGACGUAUCCUUUGGAUGUGAUUGAUCAGAAAAUUCAUUCGAUACAAACAGUAAUUUGGAGGCUGCAGAACAACCUUUUCAGCUUUUUGCCGUUCAGCAACGAGCUCGAAGAAUUGAACAGCGAACUCGAUGCUUUGAAGGAACAAAGACUUCGCAUAGCGAGAGUUUAA